AUGGGAAGCUGGGAAAAUGGCGUUUGGUCAUGGAACUUCAAAUGGAGAAGGAGACUUUGUGGUAGGGAGGUGGUUUGGCUAGAGGAUUUGUUGGGGGUGGUACAGCAGAUGCAGGUUGUGGAAAAUGUGGGUGAUAAGUGGAUUUGGAGGCAUGAAGGCGAGGGAGCUUACACUGUUAAUUCAUCUUACUGUUUUUUGCAGGAACAUGCUAAUGUUGAGGGUGAUCCAGCGUUCCAAUUGCUUUGGUCUGUGCCUGCUCCUUCUAAUCCAAAAGCGUUGGCCUGGCGAGUGCUAUGGGAUAGGGUGCAAACGAGAGACAACUUGCGCAAGCGUGGAGUAAUUGGCGGCGGCGUGGCAUCUUUGUGCCCAUUGUGUGAGUUUGAGGUUGAGACAAGCUCUCACUUGUUCUUCUUAUGCCCUGCAACUGUGCAAAUUUGGUAUGCUUGUUUUGGCUGGCUAGGCAUCUCCACAGCGUUGGUUCCUUCGUCUCGGCUGCAUAUCAUCCAAUUUCCAUCAAUUGGGAGAAGCAAAGCUCAACACGAGGGUGAGGUAGUGAUCUGGCUGGCAAUUAUAUGGUCUGUGUGGCUGUACAGGAAUAAAGUGAUCUUUCAAGGAGGUAUAUUUGAAUGGGAGCAGGUUUUCGAAAUGGCUCAGUUGCGGGCUUGGCAAUGGCUGAGUGCAAGAGCUGCAGAUUUCUCCUAUUCAUGGUAUGAGUGGAAAUUGAACCCAACCUCAUGCCUGUUAUCUUUAUAA